AUGAACCUUUCCCUUGUCCUCGCCGCCCAAAAGGCAGCUACGAAACGCGCCGCCAGCCGCACGAGCCACCGCGUCCACUUCUCCACCGGCAAGGACAUUCGCUUCGGCGUCGAGGGCCGCGCUGCCAUGCUCAAGGGUGCCGACCAGCUGGCGAACGCCGUGCAAGUGACGCUCGGCCCCAAAGGCCGCAACGUCGUCAUUGACCAAUCAUAUGGCGCGCCCAAGAUCACGAAAGACGGCGUGACCGUCGCGCGCAGCAUCGAGUUCGCUGACAAGUUCGAGAACAUGGGCGCGCAGCUCGUGCGCUCGGUCGCGAGCAGCACCAACGACGCGGCCGGCGACGGCACAACGUCGGCCACUGUGUUGACGCGCGCGAUCUUCAGCGAGGGCUGCAAGUCGGUGGCUGCUGGCAUGAACCCGACGGACUUGCGACGCGGCAUUCAGAUGGCGGUGGACCACGUGGUCGACGGCCUGCAGCAGCUGUCGAUGGACGUGCAGGACAAGGAGAAGGUGGCGCAAGUAGCGACCAUCUCGGCCAACUCGGAGACGGAGAUUGGCUCGUUGAUCAGCGACGCCAUGGAGCGCGUGGGCAAAGAAGGCGUGAUCACGGUCCAGGACGGCAAGACGCUGCUGAACGAGCUCGAGGUCGUGGAAGGCAUGAAGUUUGACCGCGGCUUCAUCUCGCCGUAUUUCGUCACGGACAAUAAGACGCAGUCGUGCGAGAUGGAGAAUCCGUACAUUCUAUUGGUGGAAAAGAAGAUCUCGAGUCUCCAGGCGAUUAUUCCCAUGCUCGAGACGGUCGUGAAGCAGCAGCGACCGCUGUUGAUUAUCGCCGAGGACGUUGAGAGUGAAGCACUGGCGGCGCUUGUGAUUAACAAGAUCCGGGGCGGGGUCAAGGUGUGUGCGGUCAAGGCGCCUGGCUUUGGCGACAACCGCAAGGCCAGUCUACAGGACAUGGCGGUGCUCACGGGCGCGACCGUCAUCUCGGAGGAUUUGGGCCACCGGCUGGAGACGGCAACGCCCGAGAUGCUAGGAAGCGCCAAGAAGGUGACGGUCACGAAAGACGACACGUUGAUGCUGGACGGCGCAGGCUCGACGGAAGCUGUCGAGGAGCGCAGCAACUUGCUGCGUGCGUCGAUCGAGAGCACGACGUCGGAUUACGAAAAGGAGAAGCUGCAGGAACGACUAGCCAAGCUGAGUGGCGGUGUUGCUGUGAUUAAGGUAGGCGGUGCUAGCGAGGUUGAAGUCGGUGAGAAGAAGGACCGUGUCGUCGACGCGCUGAACGCCACACGUGCGGCUGUUGCAGAGGGUAUUGUGCCGGGUGGCGGUGCCGCGCUCUUGUGGGCGUCGCGCUCGCUCUCGAAGCUGUACGACUCGUGCGCCAAUUUGGACCAGAAGGUUGGUGUGGAGAUUGUUGAGCGCGCGUGCCGUGCUCCAGCCACGCAGAUUGCCAAGAAUGCUGGCCACGAGGGCGCUGUUGUCGUGGGCAAGAUGCUCGAGAACGACUCGCCCGAGCUUGGGUUCAACGCUCAGACUGGUGAGUACGUCAACUUGGUGGACGCUGGUAUUAUUGACCCGACCAAGGUGGUGCGCACGGGCCUCGUGGAUGCCUCGAGCGUGGCGUCGCUCAUGAUGACAGCCGAGGCUCUGAUUGCUGACCUGCCUGCUGAGAACGGUGCGGCUCCGCCAAUGGGUGGCAUGGGCGGCAUGGGUGGCAUGGGCGGUAUGGGUGGCAUGAUGUAA